CCCCACCUUCCUUCACAGCGACACCACCGCAGUAUGUGGAAGCAAAGGAAGGGGGAAGCACUCUGCUCGGCUGCUCUGCCCAGGGAAAUCCAAAACCAAUGAUCAGUUGGCUUAGAGAAGGGGAGGAGCUUGCAUCCAACUCAAAGUACUCGGUACAUGAUGGCAGUCUGACCAUUCUUGGCAUCACCCGGGACGACAGAGGGGCAUACACCUGCAGAGCGUACAGUGACCAGGGAGAGGUACUUCAUACCACCCGCCUCUUAGUUCAAGGACCUCCGUACAUCGUGUCGCCACCAGAAAACGUCACCGUAAACAUAUCACAGAAUGCACGCUUCAACUGCAAAGCCGAGGCCUAUCCAGGCAACCUGACCUACACCUGGUUCUGGGAGGAGGACAAUGUCUUCUUCAAGAAUGACUUGAAGCUCCGAGUGCGCAUCUUCGUCGACGGCACCCUCAAGAUAUUCCAGGUCAAGCCCGAGGAUGCUGGGAAGUACACCUGCAGUCCGAGCAACAGCCUCGGUAUCUCACCGUCAGCAUCAGCGUACCUGACUGUUCAGUACCCCGCCCGAGUGAUCAACAUGCCCCCUGUCAUCUACGUCCCACGGAAACUGCCAGGUAUCAUCCGCUGCCCUGUGGACGCCAACCCGCCUGUGACAUCAGUGAAGUGGGAGAAAGAUGGCUACACACUCAGAGUAGAAAAGUACCCUGGUUGGAGCUUGAUGCCAGAUGGAAGUAUCCGGGUGGCAGAGGCCACAGAAGACUCCCUGGGCACCUACACCUGUGUGCCUUACAACGCCCUGGGUACAAUGGGCAUGUCCCCCCCUGCCACUUUGGUGCUAAAGGAUCCCCCUUACUUUAAUGUGAGGCCUGGGGGGGAGUACCGUCAGGAGGCUGGAAGAGAGCUAGUAAUCCCUUGUGCUGCUUCUGGAGACCCCGAUAUACCAACCAUUACCUGGAGAAAGGUGGGGAAGCCAAGCAGAAGUAAACACAACAUUCUACCCAGUGGCAGCUUACAGUUUCUAUCGCUCAGCAAGGAGGAUCAUGGAGAGUGGGAGUGUGUAGCCACCAAUGUGGUCACAAGCAUCACUGCCAGCACACGUAUUCUAGUCAUCGGCACCAGCCCACACGCUCCUGGCAAUAUCCACGUGUUGCCAUCUACGACCACUGCAAAUGUUUCCUGGGAACCAGGCUAUGAUGGCGGCUUCGAGCAGACAUUCUCAGUGUGGUAUGGUCCAGUGUCUAAGAGAACAGACUUUGGUCCUCAUGACUGGCAUUCGAUGCCUGUUUCUGGUGCUCAGACCUGGUUGGUGGUGCCAGGGUUGGAGCCUGGGACAGAGUACCAGUUCAGUGUGUUGGCUCAAAACAAACUGGGCACAGGUCCAUUCAGCGAAGUUGUGACGGUCACCACCGCAGGCUCUCCUCUGGGUACCGCUGAACCUCUGGUGCUUCUUACUCCACCACGGUGCCUCACAGCCAAUCGCACGCAGCAUGGUGUCCUCCUUACAUGGCUACCCCCAGCUAACCACUCCUCACCUAUUGACCGAUAUAUCAUGGAGUUCCGCCUCGGGGAGAAGUGGGAGGUUCUUGAUGACUUAAUCCCAUCCACUGAGACUGAGCUGGUAGCAAGAGACCUGGUCCAGGAGUCCUGGUAUGAGUUUCGGGUGAUUGCGGUCAUGGAUGACCUUAUCAGCGAGAGCAGCAAUGUAGUAGGAGUUUCCAGCACAGCAGACCCCUUCCCUGCUCCAGAGUUGCCCGAAGAGGGGCUGGCACGCCCUGUGGUGGCAGGCGUCGUGGCGACCAUCUGUUUUCUGGCAGCGGCGGUACUCUUUAGCACUCUUGCCGCCUGCUUCGUUAAUAAACAGCACCGUCGAAAACUCAAGCGUAAACCAGACCCUCCCUUGUCAGUGACACACUUCAGGAAAAGCAUUGAGUCACCGCCUCCUCUCACCCCCUUGCCAGGGGUAGAGCCCUGCUGGGACGAGCCUGCCAGGAGCAGUUUCUUGCCCCCUCCGGCCAGCCCCCUGUUAUCGUCGGGGAAGAUAAGUCCAGAGAGCUCCCCUCCAUCUCGGCCCCGCUCUCUAUCAUCAGAAGGUUCCCAUGGUCCAGGCCUGUACGUCAGGAAGCUGCCCAGCCCUCAGAGAGAAAAGGACAAAGAGCUCUCCUUCUACAAGAAAACCAAGCGUGCCAUAGCCAGCAAGAAAUACAGUGUGUCCAAACAUGAGGCAGAGGUCACCACGCCUAUAGAGCUGAUAAGCCGAGGCCCCGAUGGCCGCUUUGUUAUGGAGACAAGUCCGCCUCCCCGCCGAAUCCAGGGCUUCCCCUUUGCAGAGGAGUCCGACAUGUACCCAGAGUUCCGGCAGUCGGACGAAGAGAAUGAUUUUGACCCUGGGCCUUUGCCACCCAUCAUGCCCACGCUGCGACCCCAACUCUCCCCAACGUCCUCCAGCCUGGAGUCAACGCAGCCCCCCACCUACAGCCCUCGCCUACACAGGCCCAUGGAAGGUAUGAGCUUUGCAGAGGGCAGCGCACCUUACGCCUCAGGGCAGGCCCCAGCCUCCCGCUACAGGGGCUUUCCCCAGGGCCUGUUCUAUGGUUAUCUAGGCAGUCGUGCUGAAUCAGGGAUUCCACCACCAUUCUACAUGCCUGACAUCAGCCCGCGUAGCUCCGCUCUUUCCUCACCACCAGGCACAGCUGAGGGGCCCUUCGGUUACCCCUCCAUCCCUGAGGAGAGUGAAGGAUUGGAACACCAUCAGUACACUGCCUCUGGCCAUUCUCUGUCACACACUCACAGCCCUCCUCUCCGCUCACCUGAAAGCUGGCAGCCUCAUGAGUUACCCUUUCUGGGCCUAGAGGGCCCAAGGUUCAUAUACCCACCUCACCAUCCCCUACAUCACCCCCAGGACCUCCCUGACCCACCCCCAUACCCUCCCCAUACUCUCCCCCCUAGUCGCCUGCACCUUCCACCCCUUAGGGAUCCAACGAGCCCUGGACUCCUGCAACUGGAGGUCCCUGUGGCUCCACCAGGCAGAGACAGGCCCCCAGGGCCUCCAGUUAGGCGUUUAGCUAUGCAACAGGCCCAGAGUCUCGGCCAGCUCAGACACACGGCCCACGGUGUGGGUGUACCAGUGUUGCCUUACCCUGACCCGGCAGCCCGUGCAGGGAGCCCAAGCACAGCCCCCAGUAGUAGCCCUCAGUCUUGGCUCAGCCCGAGGGCAGGGCGCCGGGCAGACCCCAGCCUACCCCCACUAGUACUACAACCCUCCCGUCUUUCUCCACUCUCCCAGAGCCCACUCAGCACCCAACCAGGUUCCCCAGAUAUUCUAGUGAGACCCCCUCCACGUCACGGCAUCCUCCGUACCUCUCGGUCUCUGGAGAUGCCCGAGAUCACCCUGCAGCCCUCAGCCACUGUUAGCUUCUCUCGGAGAUCCUCGCUGACUGCCUCUCCCACUCAGAGUCAGGGCGCCAAGCAGCCCAGCCCCAGUUACCCCAUGUCCUAUGCCUCCACUGCAGCCAGUUACCCUUCUCAGUCCCCCUCUCCCCCUCCAGAGGGCAGGGAUGUUUUUGGGCAGAGGCCAUCCCAGAGACGGACAGAGGAGGAGAUGCUACCCUCAGAGCCCUCCCAGCUCCAGAUCUCAGCCUCAGGGGAACCCUUAGGUGCGUCUAGUGAUACUGCCGGGUCUGAGAGCCUAACAGCACUGCUACAUCACUGUAUAACUAAAGCCAAGGGAGUGGCCACUAACAACAAUAACAACGCAACAUCUGUGAGAAGAACAGGCUUAUCUCCCUCUCAGACCCAGCAGCAAUCUCAGACACCCAAAGAGGGAGAAGAUCCCAAUCACCACAUAAAGAAUAAAAAGCAAAGCAAGAACCCAUACAGCUACUUGACAUCGUUCCUGCAUCGCAGGACGUCUGAGGAGGACCAGACAGGCAUCCUAGCCAGCGCAGACUCUGAGGGCCCAAAUUAUGGAACUCUACGCUGAUCUUGUGCUCAUCAAGCCAUUGGACCCAAUUAAACUGGCCGCUCAUGGGAAAAAAAUACAAAACACCUCAGCCCUUCCUGAUCAGCCACAACGACAAACACAGGUUUCAUAUAAUCCGUAUAAGCUGAUAUGUGUAUGAGGAGCAGCAAAGUGAAUCCUCCAGGCGCCAGAAGUCUCAUCUAAUGACAAGAACAGUGGCUUUUUAUCUUUGGCAUUUCACUUGAACAAAUGCUCUGAAAAUAUAUAAUGUAUAUAAAUUGUAAAACAAGGGAAUUAAGCUUCCUCUUACAGUAAUAAAAUGUGUUGGUUGAGUAUGUCACAACACGUUAAAAAGAUUUCUCACUUAUCAUUGAGGGGUUCAUAUCUUUAGGUUUUUCAGUGAAACAGUGUACUGUUAAAGCCUGGUGCGUCCUUGUACAGGGACACAAGUCUACCUUUCCUACAAUACAAAUAGUGUCAGUCUUUAAACACAGGGUUCUUACCACAAAAUAUACCUCAGAGUAAACGCAGAGUUGCUGUAAUUCUUGUGGUAUACUGUACGUACUUGACCUUUUUACACUCUAAAGGUACAGAUAAAAAGGUUUAUAAUACUCACUGCUCAUUCAAAUGGAUAAUAUGGCCUAGCUUAAUCUUAUUUGGAUGCUUUUUAUUAUUGCAGUUGGUACAUUGCAUUUACUUUGGGUUUGAGUAGAGACGAGCGGUAGCUCUGUGUCGUUACGCCUAUUGUCGGGGCACAGCAUAAUGACUAAAUAUUAUAGCCUUCAUGAGAUCUGUUAUAAAAAUUUUGGGACUUUAAUGCUCAGCAGAGGUUGUUCUUGAGCAAUGAAACAAAGUGAAGUGUUUGUAUGUAUCUCAUUAUUAAGGAAUCAUUCGCGUAAUUGGGCACAUCUUAAGGUGCCUUUUUUUGCCUUUUAUAGUUUUGUUUUGUUUUUCUCUGACAUAAACUGCCUUUUUUUAGUCGCCUUCUUAUGUUUGUCACUCUAAGUGAGUUAGAACUCCAAUAUAUGUAUUUUAUUUUAUUUUUUGCCAAGGACACAUGAACGAGAGAAUGCAUAUGUCUCAUUUAGUUUGUUCUAACAGUAUCAACAUACUUGUAAAAAAAAAUGGGGAGUCAAGAAAUCCCAAGCAACUGCACAGUGACGACGGCAAAGUUUUUAGAGCGGAAUGUGAUUGCUUUAUUAAGCUGUAAAACAAGCAAUGGGAAAUAUCCAAACGAAUGGCCACCCUGACUGUUUAUCUCUUACAACUGUAUAUUAAUUGCUAGCUACUUCUCUAUAUGUUUGCUAAUUUUUUGACACUAACCGAUAAUGAAUGUAUGUUUUGCUGUACAGGAAAUGAAUGUCCCUACGUCACAGUGCAUUGAAUGACCUGUCAUAAUGCUUACGUAGUGCAGCUGCGUUUUUGCUGAGAUGACCAGUUGGCAAAAUAUGUCCAAACCCCUGUAUUCAAUGCCCAAGUCGUUUUCCUGGUGACCACAUUUGCUGAUGAUAUUAAGGUGUUCUUUUAUUCUUUUCCUGAUAUUCUUUUCCUUUCUCUAUUUUGUUUGAUCAUUUUGCUAAGGCUAGUCAC